UAAUCGAUGUCUAUAAUGUUUACUUUUUUAUGUUAUCAAAUUAAUUUACUUUUUAUAAAUUGUUUUUUACUCAUGUAGACUUUUGACAAACAAUUUAAACCAUGGAUUCUUGUGAAAAAGCUUGUGUUCUUGAAAGUUUUACCGAAUUUGAAGAAGUGCAAGCAUUAAUCAAUGAAUGUAUUAACUUAAACUCAACGGUUAUUGAUGAAUCAACCAGAUUGACAGUUGAAUCUCUCUUUGAAACUUGGGUUAAAAUUUUUGACCGCUAUCAAGAACAGCCUCAUCUAAUUGAUCGUCACAUCAGCUCAAUAAUUUCCCAGUUGUUUGCACCAAUUUAUAAGCAGGCAGAAUCAAAGGAUGAUCAAUCACCUUCUAUUUCUUAUCAUACCUCCUGUAAUUUUAUUUACCAUGUGAGUAAGGUGCGAGGAUUUAAGAAUCUAAUUCGCCAUCUACCUCACUCGGUCACUGAUUUAGAGAUUGUCAUUGAUUUGCUGUCUAAAGAAUCUAUUGAUAAUUUAGUAACUUGGAGAACUCGUUAUGUUCUGUUACUUUGGUCUUCUCUUUUGGCCACUUUACCAUUUGAUUUCAAAAAGUUUGAUUCAUCUGAUGACGGGAGAAAACCGUUAAUGGUGAGAUUAUAUGAUCUUAUUAAAAUUAAUUUAGUGGCUGGAGACACACCAAAAGUAGCAGCCGCUGUUUCCUGUGCAAGAUUCCUUACUCGACCAGAAAUUUCAAAAAUAUACCUAGAAAGUCAUAUUGAUUGGUGUUUAAACGUUAUUGAUGAAAUUUUCAAAGAUGCAAUAAGUCUCAAUAAUGGCAUUGGAGUUCUUCUAUCGCUGGCAUACAUCUUUAAGUUUGGUAAACGGGAAGAUAUUUCGCCAUUCGCUCCCAAAAUUUUGAUGAAAAUACGCGAACAAAACAUUUUGUCACAAUCUAAAAAUCUUUUGGUAAAAAUUAUGAUAAAAAUUAACCAAAGAGCUGGUUUAAGUCUUUUGCGCAUUAAAAUAGCAUCUUGGAGGUAUCAGAGAGGUCGGCGAUCCAUUUUAGAUAGUUUAAAAAGCAAUUCAUCAACAAAUGAACCUUCUAAAGUGAGUUCCGAUGUCAAAAAGUCGGAGAAUGAUGACGAUUAUGAUGAUAAUUAUCAAGUGCCUGAAGAAAUCGAGGACGUAAUUAGUGUGCUACUUGAUGGUUUGAGAUUUAAUAGCUAUAUUGUCAGAUGGUCAGCUGCUAAAGGAAUCGGUCGUGUAACCAGUCGAUUACCUCGUUCUCUGGCAGGAGAGGUAGUUUCAAGUGUUUGCGAGCUUCUCAGCCCUUCUGAAAACGAUGGCUCUUGGCAUGGAGGCUGCCUAGCUCUGGCUGAACUAGCUCGAAGAGGUUUAAUAUUACCAGACCAAUUAAGUGUGGUUAUUCCAGCUAUAAUAAAAGCUUCAGUUUAUGAAGAAUCUCGUGGAAACUUUUCCGUUGGAGAUACAGUUCGAGAUGCAGCUUGCUAUGCUUUCUGGGCCUUUGCUCGGGCAUAUGAAGCUGAUAUUUUGCGACCUUAUCUUAAUGAGAUUACAUCUGCACUCUUAAUAGUUGCUGUUUUUGAUCGAGAAAUUCGCUGUCGUAGAGCAGCAUCAGCUGCUUAUCAAGAAACUGUUGGUAGAUUAGGGUCACAAAACGUACCUCAUGGAAUCGAAAUAUUGACAACUGUUGACAAUCAAGCAGUUGGUCGAACUCGUCGAGCUUUUCUUGAGCUUAGUAUGUUUGUCGCUCAAUUCAAUAAUUACUACGAGCCUUUAAUUAUACACUUGAUAUAUAAGAAGAUUAACCAUUGGGAUCAAGAAAUCAGAUCUCUUAGUGCUGAAGCCUUAGCCAGUUUAAUUCAUUUUGCUCCCCUUGAAUUGAUUAGACAUGUGAUUGGAACUUUAUUGGAAAAGACACUGAGCAAAGAUUUGAGUACUAAACACGGGUCUAUCAUUAGCUUGGCCUGGGUAAUACAUUCCAUGAGAGAGAUGAAAAUUCCUUGUCAAGAUGAAAUAUUGGUCGGAAUCCAAAAAAUAUCUGAAGAGAUUAAAUCAUCGCUUGGAUUCAAAGGAAUCAAAGGCGAACUUUUCCGCUCUGCAAUUUGUUUUUUGAUCGAGAAAAUUUCCCAAACAAGAUUACCUCUGGAUAAAGAUUUCAUCAAAACCUGUUGGAUUGACAUUCUAAAAGACUGCAUUUUUCAUACAAAUGAGUCCAUAAGGGCAGCUGCUGUUUCAGGUUUCGUAGCCUUGUACGAUAAUUAUUUUCCUGGUGAUUCGAAACUUGAAGACAUUUGGAUGAAACACUUAAUUUACAACGCAUAUUCCAAUCUAGAACACGUACGAUGUGGAAUUUUGGAAGCCUUAGGAUCUUUACCUAAAUCAUUUAUUUCUCACGAUACAAUUAAGAUGAUUUUGAAAACUAUCUUGCAAUCUCUUUCUUCAAUUUCUGCUGAUGAAAGCAUAUGGUUUUCAUGGAAAGUAGCAUCAAUCAACUGCUAUACUUCAUUGUUAAUUCAAAUGAAUAACAGUGAUAUUGAAAGUAUACGUGAUUUAGUUGAAAAAAUUAUCCAUCAUACCUUAAAUGUUGCUAUGGAAGAUUAUACUACCAGUAGUAAAGGAGAUGUUGGUGAAGCGGUUCGAAUCGCAGCUAUCAUUUCAAUCAAAAAAAUUGCACUACAUUUCCAUGAAAUAUCAUGCGAAAUUUUAACCAACGAGAUGAUUAACAAAAUAAUAAAUCAAAUUUUAAUACAUUGUGUCUCUCAUCACAAUGAAAUGCGCUUAGCUGCUGGUGAAAAUUUUUUCGAGAUCCUUUAUGGCCUUGGCAAACAUUUUUUAUUGGAUGAUUUGAUAAACGUAUUGCCAACGAAAGAGGAUCUCGCCUCCGUCCAUUUUAGAGAUGAAUCUAAUUUUCCAAUUUGGUUCGCAAUUUUACCACUAACUCAAUACUCUUACAGUCUAUGGAAAGGUCUAGUAAUGAGCACUGGAGGAAUCCCAACAUCGAUUGUUAAACUUUCAUUGGAAGCUCUCUUGAACCAGCUAAAAUCAAUCAAAUCAAAAGAUGAAGCCAAGUUUAAAAACGUUAUUGAUAGUUUCAUUGAUGUUUACAGAGAUAAUCUUACAGUUGAAAGAAUGUGUCUACAGUUGAUAAACACUCUAAACUCAUUGAUAAACUCUGGAAUUCUGAAUGAUUUAGAGGAGAGUAAAGUGUCAUCCUUGAUUGAUAAAACAUGGGAGAUGGCAAGAACGACAGCGAUCCCCAAAAAGAAGAUUGCAACUGUUCAACUCAUGUGUGCUUGUCUUCGUUUUAAAGGUUUACAGAAGAAAUGCUUGAACAUUUUAUGCAUCUUUUUAUGCACCAAAUAUCCUUUUGUCCGGACAAAUGCAGCAGACGAGUUGUAUACAGCACUAUUGAUUUAUGAGGACAUAUUUGAGGAUGAUGGUGGCAAAGGAGAUGAUCAAGUUGAUGAAGAAACGAAUCAGGAGAAAGCUCUCAGACUUUUGACGGAAACUGAUUGGAACAAGGAUAGAUCAAUCCUUAUCCCUAUUAGAGAUAAAUUAAAGAGCAUUUUAGGCCUGCGAUUGUAAAGAUGUGAAUGCAAUUGUAAUAAAUCGAACUGAAAGUAGUUGAUAUUAA